UUUAUGACACCAACCCAACCGUUGGCCGACCGGCCGACCCUCCCAUUCACGACCAAAUACAAAUUCCCCCACUUUAUUACACACUCUCUCUCUCCCUCUCGCAAAAUCACUUACUCAACUAUAUAACAAAAAAUCAAUAAAUAAAAGCUCAUCAUCAUCAUCAUCAAUCAAAAGUUCAAAACUAUCACCUAAUAUUUAACCACUAAUCUAAUUGUUAAUUAAUUAAUUAACUAAUUACUUAGUUAAUCUCGUCUCAUUUUUCAGUUUCCCUGUGUAUGUAGAUGUGCAUUUCCUUCCUUUUCAGCAUGAUGCGUAGGUAAUAAACAUGAGUGGACCAGUGGAAGAGGGUCAUGAGAAUAUUGGCGAAGUGGUGCCGUUGGAAGGCAUCAAAACAAAGGGUUCUACACAGAGAUCAAGAAAAGUAAAACCUAAUGAGAAUUGCCCGACUUCUCGUAUGUCUAAAAAGAAGCUUGCUGACUUAUCGACCAACAGCAAAAAGAAAGACAUUAGACGUAGAAAUGGUUCUAAUAAAGCAGCCAAAUCAUUGAACACACCACCUUUAGUGACAUGCCAAAAUCAGGAGUCUGCGAUUGGUUCAAAUGAAAAUGCAAAAUGUGAAAAGGGGGAUCUUAUAUCCGAGAAGAUUAAGCGGAGGCGAAGGCGAAAACGGAAAAGGAGGACAAACAACAAAGUUGUGGUUGACGAAGCUUCGAAGCUGCAAAGGCAGACGAGGUAUCUUCUCAUUAAAAUGAAAAUGCAACAGAAUCUUCUAGACGCAUACUCAACCGAAGGCUGGAAAGGUCAGAGCCGAGAAAAAAUAAAGCCAGAAAGAGAACUUCAAAGAGCCAAGAAGCAAAUAUUAAAAUGUAAACUUGGACUCCGUGAUGCUUUACGCCAGCUGGAGUUACUUAGCUCAGAUGGAUGUAUUGAUGAGUCCGCAAUAGCUCUGGAUGGAUCCGUACAUCAUGAGAAUAUACACUGUGCGAAGUGUAAGCUCAGGGAGGCAUUUCCGGACAAUGACAUUAUAUUGUGUGAUGGGACUUGCAAUUGUGCAUUCCAUCAAUUGUGCAUCGACCCUCCCCUAUUAACUGAAAACAUUCCCCCUGGAGACCAAUGUUGGUAUUGUAAAUAUUGUGUUUGUAAGACUGAAAUCAUAGAUGCAAUGAAUGCACACCUUGGAACAAGCUACCCCAAUGACAGCAAUUGGCAGGAUAUAUUUAAGGUUGAAGCAAUGUUGCCUGAUGGUGGGGAUACUUUACUCAAUCAAGAAGACUGGCCUUCAGAGGAUUCUGGUGAUGAUGAUUAUGACCCAGACAGAGUUGAACAACAUGAAAAUAGUUCCAACAAUAGCAGAGUUUGCUCUGAAGGUGAAUUAUCUAAUGGUGAUUCCGGUAGUAGCUACAGUUUACAAUCACUCAAUGAAGAAGUUCUUGAUGAGGAGUCUAGGAAGUUUAGUAGUAAAAUGGGUCUUGAAAGCACCUCUGCUGACUUUAAUGGUCUGGGUUCUGGUUCUUGUUCUGGUUCUGAUUCUGAGUUCGUCAGUGGCCGCCGACAACGUCGAUCAGUGGAUUACCGGAAGCUUUAUGAUGAAAUGUUUGGAAAAGAUGCUCUUGCUAACGAACAAGUAAGUGAAGAUGAAGAUUGGGGACCCACUAACAGAAAACGGAGAGAAAAAGAGUCUGAUGCAGCUACUACCUUAAUGACCCUUUGUGAAACUGAGGACAAAGAUGCAAAAGAUAUUGCUGACACUACCAAGGUUGAGACACGUGUAAUUGGCAAAGAAACUAAACGAUCAUUUUUCAGGAUUCCAGCUGAAGCUGUAGAGAAGCUUCGCCUUGUUUUUGCAAAUAAUCAACUCCCCUCUCGAGCUGUUAAAGAAGAACUUUCAAAGCAAUUGGGUCUUGACCCCCAGAAGGUGAGCAAGUGGUUCAAAAAUGCCCGCUAUCUUUCUCUGAAAACCAAAAAGGGAGGGGAGGAUAACUCAGCCCAAAAUGAUGGUCCUUUGUUAUCAAAAGGUUCCAAAUCAAGACAUUCAAAGAACGAAGCUAUUGAUAAAAUUGUAACAGAGGGAAUGCCCACAAAUGUCGCUCAUACACCAAAAGACGGGUGUGCAACACAGCUCUGUGGGAGAAAGAACCCCGGGUCACCAACCGCUAAGCAGCAGCUGGACCACGGGGAGUUGCAUCUAUUAACAUCAACUAACAAGGUUGACGGUGAAGUGGAGCAUGGAAAAAUUGACAUGAGUUUGAUUAAGCCAAAAAGGAGUGCAAAAGAGAAAAAGAACAAAGCCGGUGACAUCAUUGGCAAGAGUGAAAGUGAUGACCAACAAGCUGCAGCAGCGGAAGCUCACAUGGAGAAACUUUGUCUUUUAAAAACAAAGUUGGAAAACCUACAACAGGUAAUUCUUGUAAGAGCACCAAACCGUAAAGCUAAAACGACACCGCCAUCUACUGCUCCCAGUGAUACCAUUUUAGUUCCAAUUGCACAUCUCAGGGAGAAACCUUAAAUCUGCACAAACACCACCACCUCCACUGACACCGGCUUUUUCUUCUCGGCUGUAAGAAGAGUUGGAACAAUAACUAUUUAGCAUUGAAAUGGAGCAAUGAUGUAUAAUAUGUAUACUUCGUAUAAGUAGUUCUUACACGGAGUUGUCAUACUAGUAGUUCUUACAUGGGGUCCUCAAAAGAUGUUUAACAGUGUUAUUGGUUUCGGUCGAGAUCAACCAAGUUGGACUGACCUAACCGAAUUGACUCCCUUAAGCUUAGGUAAUAGUUUAUGUCUAACUAUAGCGUGCUCAUCCUUUUUGUUUUGCCACCCUACGUAAUGUAACAUAAGAAGUGUGGUUGACCAAACGAA